AUGGGUGCCACCAAGAACAAGUACUCGGUGAUUCUGCCAACAUACAAUGAGCGCAAGAACCUCCCUAUCAUCUGCUGGCUGCUCGAGCGGACAUUUCGCGAGAACAACCUCGACUGGGAAAUCGUGAUCGUCGACGACGGCUCUCCAGACGGCACCCUCGAAGUCGCCAAACAGCUGCAGGCGCUCUGGGGCCCGGAGCACAUCAACCUGAAGCCGCGGGCCGGCAAGCUCGGGCUGGGCACGGCGUACGUGCACGGGCUACAGUACGUGCGCGGCAACUACGUGAUCAUCAUGGACGCGGACUUCAGCCACCACCCCAAGUUCAUCCCGGAGAUGAUCCGGAUCCAGGGCGCGACGGACGCGGACAUCGUCACGGGGACGCGGUAUGCGAGCCGCGACGGCCUCAGCGGCGGGGUGUAUGGCUGGGACUUGUUCCGCAAGUUCACGUCGCGGACGGCGAACCUGAUUGCCGAUGUGAUGCUGAUGCCCGGGGUGAGUGACCUGACGGGCAGCUUCCGGCUGUACAAGAAGAGCGUGCUGGAGAAGGUGAUUGCGAGUACGCAGAGCAAGGGGUACAGUUUCCAGAUGGAGAUGAUGGUGCGUGCGAAGGCUAUGGGCUACAAGGUCGCCGAGUGUCCGAUUACCUUUGUCGAUCGCUUGUAUGGCGAGAGUAAGCUGGGCGGCCAUGAGAUUGUCGAGUAUCUCAAGGGCGUGUUGACUUUGUGGUUGAAGGUUUGA